GGAGGUUGGUAGACUGGCGUUAGGCAAAUUAUAAUUUCCGUGUGCAUUUUAAGCGACAGUGAGUUUGAGAAUCAAAAACAUUGUACACGAGGAGAAUAGGUGACAUUUAACAUCAUCAAUUUUCACCCAAGUGUCAAAUUUAUACAAAAACUCCAACCAAAAGAAGAACCAUUUUUGUUUUCUUUUUUCUUUUUUGGUUUACUAAAAUUUCGCGUGUGCCACCAGUUGCAUGUUGCAUAACCUGAUAUUUAUCAUAGAAAUUUGUUAAUUUUGAUUUAGUUUUGAAGUCAAAGUGAAAAUUAAGAAGUAGAUUUUUUUUUUUAAUUGUGCACUCUUGGGUUCCUUGCUCGGCUGUCCUUCACCGAAGCAGGAAACUCCGCAAAGUCAAAUAAAUCCAAUCAACAAACAUUAUGGCGGCUGGAACAUGUGAUUCUUUUUGAAGAUUUUUGAAAGAACAACAUAAAAAUGGUUCUCGUGGUAAAUGGGGUUCUCCAAGAGGAACCCCCGGCGGACAGCAGGUCAUUAUAUGCAGCCCACCCAGUAUAUCGUGAGACCGCUGCUCAACUGCACUCGAUGCCGGCAAAAUUAGUGGGCCCCGUGGGCCUUCUUUACGUCCAGCAGAGAGAAAUGGCUGCAACCCUUCCCCACGACAAAAAUGUCAGCAUCUUAGGAUCUGAUGAUAUGACCACGUGCAUAAUCGUCGUCGUCAGGCAUUCUGGCUCUGGUGCUGCAGCCGUCGCCCAUUUAGAUGGAGCUGGAACGGAGGACGCUGCAGCGACAAUGAUUCAGAGGGUAACGGAAUUAGCACUUGGAUAUCCGGAGGGACGUCUGGAACUCCAACUCGUAGGUGGUUACUCCGACCCUAGGAAUUACUCGGAAGGACUUUUUUGUAAUAUUAUGUCUGCUUUUCAUAAGCAACCUGUUGAAAUUGACCUCACGCUCUGCUGCGUAGGCGAACUCAACACAACUGUCAGAGGUGGUAUACAUUGGCCGGUAAUUUACGGAAUUGGCUUAAAUGUAAAAACUGGAGAAAUAUUUCCAGCAACAUUUCCCGACAAAGGACCUGAUCAGGCUCUUCGAAGUGCUAGACAAUUAACUGGAGGACAACAGGUUCUAGAUGUCUAUGACUGUACCCUUGGUCUCCUUAGAAUUGGACCUUUUAAUUACGACCCCCUACGAGGAGUGGAUCUUUGGUUGGCUCAAUCAGAUCAAUUUAUUCUACAACACCUGUCAACAUCACCUGACGUAGAACUACCACAUUUUGUCUCACAGAUCCGAGCAACGCUCAAGUACAUCCAGGACAAUCAAUUUCCGGCAGUAACAGUCUUUAGAGACAAUAGACCUCAUUAUUAUCGACGGGAUGAAGCCACCGGUGUUUGGCAGCCAAUAAGAUAUUAAACGUUAAACGUUGUCAUCCAUGCAUAUCUACUUCUCUUUCUUAUUUCGCGAUAAUACGCUUUUUUUGCAACUUUGUCGAUAAAAAAAAAGAAUUCUUGUUUAAACUAUAUAUAGAAACAAAACAAAGUUAUCAAUACCAUUUCAUUUUAUAAAAUUUCUGUUGCAAACAGAAUGAAAAUGAGUAUUGAAUAAAUAUAUUUCACUGUUAUAA